UGGAGGAGUCCGUUUUUCUUCUCCCGAGUCGUAGAGCCAUUGGUCGUUACCGCUGUCAAUCAGCUUGGCCCCGCCUCCAGCGUUUGUUUGGUAGAGUUGAUCGUGUUCUCGUUCUCUCUGUCGCGGCUGUGGCUGGAGCCGCUGUCCUCGGACUGGCACGUUCCUUCGUUUUAUUUCUCAUCCUUUGAUUCGAGCCCCCUCUAAAUUCUGCAAGCAGGCCUCCCGGCCGACAAUUUGCCGUCUGCUCAUUCAAUUUGAUAGUCUUAAAUCCCCAUCAAGAGAAACAGUAAAGAUGGCGGUGGUCGUCGCCCGGCUCGAGGGCCGAGAGUUCGAGUAUCUGAUGAAGAAGCGCUCGGUCACCAUCGGACGGAAUUCCUCACAAGGCUCCGUGGACGUGAGCAUGGGCCAUUCGAGCUUCAUUUCACGGAGGCACCUGGAGAUCUUCUCCGCCGGCGAGGAUGGCACGGGAAGCGGAGACUUCUACCUUCGAUGCCUCGGCAAAAACGGGGUGUUCGUGGACGGGGUGUUUCAGAGACGGGGGGCUCCUCCUCUGCAGCUGCCCCGCAUGUGCACUUUCCGAUUUCCCAGCACCACUAUCAAAAUGACGUUCACUGCCUUGUCCAGCGACAAGCGAGAGCGCAGGAACGCGCCGGAGUCUCCUGUGAAAGCGGUGCAAGUCCAGAUCUCGCCGCUGACCAUCAACAUCCCAGACAACAUCGCCCACCUGAUGAGCCCGCUCCCGUCUCCCACAGGUACACUCAGCGCUGCUAACUCCUGUCCAUCAAGUCCCCGAGGAGCAGGACUGUCCAGUUAUAAAAUGGGUCGUGGACUCACAGCUGAUCUCAUCAAUGAAAACUCACAAUCUGAAAAUGACAAGGAAGCGUCUGGAGGAGACAGUCCAAAAGAUGACUCCAAGCCUCCUUACUCGUAUGCACAGCUUAUUGUUCAGGCCAUCACAAUGGCACCGGACAAACAACUAACACUGAAUGGAAUAUAUACCCACAUUACUAAGAAUUAUCCAUAUUACAGGACGGCAGACAAGGGCUGGCAAAACUCGAUUCGUCACAAUCUGUCCUUAAACCGCUAUUUUAUCAAAGUGCCCCGAUCUCAAGAGGAGCCGGGCAAAGGCUCUUUCUGGAGGAUAGACCCCUCGUCUGAAGGAAAGCUCAUCGAACAAGCUUUCCGUAAGCGCAGGCCUCGCGGCGUGCCGUGCUUCAGGACUCCACUCGGGCCGCUCUCAUCCAGGAGCGCUCCAGCAUCUCCUAACCACACGGGGGUGCUGUCAGCUCACUCCAGCGGCGUUCAGACUCCAGACAGCUUAUCAAGAGAGGGCUCACCUGUUCCUGUGGACCCCGAGCCCACGCCUGCCUCCCCUCACGCUCACGCCGUUCAGCCCAAACUAGCAGUCAUUGCUCAGAAUGCUCCAGGUUCGCCUCUCAACACCCAACCGGUUCUCAUCACAGUUCAGCGGCAGCUACCGCAGACCAUCAAACCUGUGACCUACGCCGUGUCCGCUCCCAGCUCCCAGCAGCCCCUGAUGCAGACGCUGCAUGUGCUGCACCAGAUCCCUGCUGUUUCUGUGACCGGACUGUCUGCAGCAGAGCCGGGGUUUGUCCAGUCCAGCAUCGCUAAAGCAGAGCCACACCAGAACGGAGAGCACCAGGAGCUCAGAGUGAAAGUGGAGCCGGUGCCUGCUAUCACAGCCAGCUCUCUGGGCUCGGGUCGUGUUGUCCAGUCUUGCCCCGUACAGACGGUCACUAUCCUGCAGAAGGCUCCGGUGGGCCAGCAUCAGCUGCCUGUCAAAGCCAUCACUCAGAACGGGACGCAUGUGGUCACUGCUGUCAGCAACACGGCGAGUCCUCUGCACAUGCUGGCGACCCACGCCUCGGUCUCAGCGUCUCUCCCGACCAAACGCCAGAACCCAGACCCAGCGGAGCCCAACACCAAAAGAGCCAAGACUGAAGACGGAGCCGUCCCCUUCACCGCCGAGAGACACCAGCACAGCGCCACUGACUAGGGCAGCCGUGUCACGACCUUUGACCUCAACCCAUGUUCUGUUUCUCCCCGCCUGCCACGCACCUGCUGCAGCCCCUUCACCUGUUUAUGAAUCCCAGGUGCCAGAUAGUGAGCUGAGAUGAAAGUCAGUGGAUGUUGGAGAGAAGGAGCGAUUAGAAUCGAGAGAAACACGAGAGAAGGAGGGACAGUGGGCCUUUACAUGAAUAGGUAAAUUCUCAGAUAUAUGCACACACCUAUAUUAAUAUAGCCUACCUGAAGUCAUGAAGAGAGUGUGUUGUGGACGGUUUGCGGGUGUAACCCAGCAGAGAAGGUCUCCGUCUGUGAGCUCUGGGACGAACCUCCUUUGUGUUUCUGAACAAACGACCGGCCAGUGACCAAUAUGAAUAUUACUGUAAUUGUCACGCAUGUGUGUGAGAUGUGUGCUCGCGAUGGCCCUGUUCCCAAUCAGAGGUCUUGAACAGCUGCAUUCGACUGAAAAGACUGGCCAAACAUCACUGAACACCGAUCAGCUCUUAAAAUGUGAACCCGCUCCUUAUGUCAGCUUCAUCUUCACGCGUGGAGAAACGAGCGAUUUCUGGUGGGCAGAGGGAAGUGUGGGGAGGUUUGUUCCUGUAUCACGGCAGCUAGCGACCACGUCCACCUACCUAAUGCAGUCUGGAGUAGAGAGGCAGUAUUUUCUCGUACUUCUACUUUAGGAUCUUAUUUGUGGCACAAAUACUCCACUAAACAGGCAGUGCUGAUGGGAGGUCACUUGGCCUUUUUCCAUUUUAUUUUAAUUUUUAAAGACGUGGACUCGUGGUCAUGGAAUUGAAUGUAGUUUCUUCAUUUUUAUUUUAUUUUAUUAUUAUUUUUAUUAUUUUCAGAAAAAAAAAGAAACACUAUUGAGGGUUUGAGUUAUUUGCCAUUACAUCAAAUCAAAACGAUGUUUACUUGCAUCCUCUUCUUUUUCAUAUUUUAACCAAUAACCUAUGAGAUAGAUAUAUUUCCAUUUGUACUUUAUUAAAAUAUAUCAGCUUGCAUGAAUGUGUUGAGAAAAUGUGCUGUAUCUGACUCGUUCCCUGACUGCAGAAGAUGAAAGAGAAAAAAAAAAAGCAAAAUAAUAUUUUAUACAGUUUGGAUCGUUACUGCACUUACCUUUUGUUUCUGACAUCUCCUUUCCUCCCCGUUGUUUUUGCUUUUAUAUUCCAGAUGUCUUUGGCUGUGUUCGUUAUCUUUGUGUUGAAGUUGUCUCUUUGCCUGUUAAUAUUAUUUUAUUCUGUUCAAACAACUGAAAGAGUCUCACAGAUAGUACGUGAUCCACAAGGAAAAAUAAGUGGUAGAUGUUGUUCAGCUUCAGUGGGUAUAUGCAUUUUUUAUAAAUGAAAUGAAAAACUCCAUAAUUUCUGUUCUGUAUUUGUGUGACUGGAGAUGAUUGUGUGGUGUAGAUGAUAGAAAUGCUGUCGUCACAGUGUCCAUCUCCUCUGUUAGAGAAACCGCCUGGCAUUCUUCAUCAGUAGUAGCACAACAAUCGCCCGUCCAUUGCUGUGGAAGGCUUCGGUGAAGGUCAUGAAGGAUAUGAAUGAUUUAUUGUGUAAUACACGACAUUUUCUCGUCCGGUUGCUGCUGAUUACUUAUCGUUAGGAGACAAAGCACGAUGAUUUACAAAUAAAGAUUCUUCAGUUAGUUUGUUGACAGAAACUACAGCAACUGCGGCACUUUUCAUUGUCAUGUUUACGUGGAAACAUUAAUUGUUGCUCACAGAGUCUCUUUUUAGCAGCAGAUUUUGGUCUGUCUUUACAUUUCUAAAGUACCAGGAGUUUCUCAUCAGUUAUCACAUAUAAUGACGUGUGAUUUCUGUAGCCAGUAUUUCUUCAAAGAUAACGCUUCCUCAUUAAAGGAUUCUUAAAUCAGAAGAAGCAUGAUUCUUCCGCGGCGGGUGUUGAUGGGAAACGUGUCUUGUUCUGCUUGUUACACAGGCUUUCUGAUUUCUUGACAGCGUUAAUGAAUUAAUAAUAGGAGCCCUAAUUUGUCAUGCAUUUCCAUGCUGGCAGAAACCUUUCAGCAUCCAGAGAUAUUUCAGCACGAUUACCUCACCGUUACUAAUAACUAAAGAUGGAGUUUUCACCUGCGUGUCCCGAUCAAACAACAGUCCUUCCAGCAAUGCCUG